GCCAACCAUCCCUCCUCACCUCAAACAAAACAUAACUAUUCCAUUGAUCCCACGCCAUCAUGCCCCAGACUCUACGCUUCGUCACCCUCGACGUCUUCACUACCGAACCCUUCCUAGGCAACCCCCUAGGCGUAGUCUUCCUCCCCAACGACCCAGAAAAUGCCAUCACGCAAGAGAAAAAGCAACUAAUAGCCCGCGAAUUCAACUACCCGGAGACGAUCUUCGUGCACCCGCACGAGAAAGCCGACCCCACCAGAAAAAUCGACAUCUUCACCACAGCCGAAGAACUCCCCUUCGCGGGUCAUCCCACCAUCGGCGCAGUAACAUGGUUCCUGGAACUCUCGCCCGACAAUGACGAUCGCACGAAUGUGCAAACUCUCAUGACAAAAGCGGGUCCGUUCGCCAUGACCCGCGUCCCGAACUCGGGUACCGUUGCUGCUAAGAUCGCGCAUAAUGUGCAUAUCCAUUCGAAACGGUUCCCGGUGGCGGAACUGCUGCGGCUUCAUCCUUCCCUGAGACCUUAUCUUGGGGGGGAUGAUACUGCGGGAUUCCCGGUUUUCUCGAUUGUGAAGGGCAUGAGUCAGGUGCAUGUUCAGUUACCUAGUUUGGAGGCUUUGGCUGCGGCUGAGGGGCCGGUGAGUGGGGAGGUUGUUCCUUGUACUUCGGUGGCUCAGGGUGGGUAUCUGGAUGCUGGGUGGGAAGGGGAUGGUUUGAUUGUCGUGUAUUUCUUUGUUCCGGGGGUUUAUGAUGAGAAGACUGGGAAGACGGUUAUCCGGUCGCGGAUGUUCUUGAGGAAUUUUGAGGAUCCGGCUACGGGGAGUGCGGCGAGUGGAUUGGCUGCGUAUUUGACUUUAACUCGGAGUGGGGAGUCGAGCGAGACUGCGUAUGAUUAUGAUAUUGUGCAGGGAGUGGAAAUGGGGAGGAGGAGUGAUAUCGGUGUUGCUGUUACUCUGAAUGGGGAGGAUAAGAGCAAGGUAGAGAGUGUUGAGCUUCGGGGAACUGCGGUGCAAGUUAAGUCGGGUGAUAUUAGGGUAUGAUUUGGAGUAGUUUCGAAAGUGUCUUGAGAUUUUCAUGACUUUUUUAAGGCUUCGCUAGCGCUGAUGAGGUAUAAAUAUGAAGGUCAGAGUCUUAUUUUACCAGAAUUUGGAAAUAAUUAUGCUAGUC